CUGGGACUUGUAGUUGUCGGAAGGACACUGGCUUCCUGUCGUCGAGGUGGGCUUGUGUUGUGUUCCGUUACCGAGAACCCAUCGUCGUGUGCCGUGAGCUUGGGCUCAUCCAUGGAUCGGUUCGUAGUGCGGGGCUGCGCGGCGAGCCCAGCACAGCCCCAGCCCAAGGUGUACCGUCAGACUACUCUCGAGUCUUUGAAGAGAGUUGUGGUGAUUGAAGAUAUUAAAAGAUGUAAAUCCAUUCUGGAACUCCCUAAUCAAACAAAGGAAAACUUAAUUGAAGCACUGCUGGAACUAAAGAAGAAAAUACCCUCUCAGGAAGUUCUAGUCUCAACAAAAAUAGGACACACUGUAAAUAGGAUGCGGAAAAACUCAGACCCUGAAGUUGCUGAGCUUGCUAAAGUCAUUUUUAAAACCUGGAGAGAUUUUAUAAAAGAAAAUAAAAAUAAGUCAUCCAUCGAGGUGCGAUGUGAUUCUAAGACUGAGAGUCUCAGGAGUAAUGCUCGAAAAAUGCUCACUGAAGUCUUGGAACUGGAGAAGGAACAUCCUCUGAUUGAAAACUUAGAACGAGAGGUUUUUCACCAGUGUUCCCGUUUGAUCAACAUUUCAUAUCGGAGGACAAUACGAGCACUAAUCUUUACUUUAAAACACAAACCAGAAAUCCGAGAGCAGGUUAAAACCUACAAGUUCCCAGUGAAGCAGCUUGUUGAAAAUCACAAGAAAUGUUGACUUUUUAUUAAAGAAAUGUGUUUACAUAAAUUGUGAACU